AUGAACAUCCUUGUGAUUGGAGGCACCGGCAUGAUAGGCGGCCACGCCGCCCUUCACUUGCAGUCCGAAGGCCACAGGGUUACCAUUGCAGGCCGCCGCCCCAGCACUGUUCCAGCUCUUUCGUCGAUGUCUUUUAUGAAAGGCGACUAUGUUCAUGGAGACUUCACCAAAGACCAGCUCUCUGGGUUCAAUGCCGUGGUCUUCACCGCUGGCGCCGAUGCGCGUCAUGUCCCAGCAGAUGUCGACCCAGGAACAUAUCUCGUGCAAGCAAACGGAACAGCCGUGCCCAAGAUGGCAGCACUCGCCCGUGACGCCGGCGUAGAGUACUUUAUCCACGUUGGCAGCGCCUACCCGCACAUUCUGCCCGACCAAGUCGAGAAUAAUGCCUACAUCCGAUCUCGCAAGCUGGCUUCCGAAGGCGUCGCCAGCCUUGCUAAGCCGUUGUUUAAAGCCACGAGCCUGGACCCGCCCUUUGUGGUUGGGACUGUUCCCGGCAUGGACGUUCCCAUGUUCCAGGCCUAUGUGCAGUAUGCAGAGGGCAAGAUUGCUCUGCCCCCUUGUGCGCCACUGGGUGGGCUCAAUUUUAUUUCGGCCCAGUCGCUGUCCGAAGCAAUUUCUGGGGCGUUGAGGAACGCCGACGAGGUUGCCGGGCGGACUAUUCUGAUCGGGGACGAGAACCUCACCUACGCUGAAUAUUUUGACAAAUUUUUCAAGGCAGUCGGCCACGAGGCAGGAACAGUUAAAGCCAAAGACGAAGAACAUCCUUUGUUGCCCCGAUCGGCCUUGUUCGCUGGGGACAAGGUUGUCAAGUAUGAGAUGGACCCUGACGAUGAGCGAAUCCUGGGAAAGUUCAGACGCAACGAUAUUGAUCGAGCAAUCCGUGAGAUUGUCGACCAGUAUUGCUCCAUUUGA